GCCGCCCCUCUCGGUGAGUCAGGGCUUUGCCGGGCUCGCAGCCUGCGCCGCGGGGGCUCCAUGGAGAAGGCGGCGAGCGAGGGCGGCGGCAGCAACAGCAGCAGCCGCAGCAGCAGCCGCCCCACCUCGGCGGGCUCGUCGCCCUCGUCCUCUUCUGCCGGCCGCGGGCUGCCGGGCCGGGCGAAGCUGGAGGGAGGCGGCUGCAGCCCCGGCUCGGCGGCGGCCACCAGCCCCGGGGGCGCGCAGGUGCCCGGCGGCAGGAGGCGGGAGCCCGUGCUGGAAGGGACUCUCAGCAAAUACACCAACCUCCUGCAGGGCUGGCAGAGCAGGUACUUUGUGCUGGACUUUGAGACGGGGAUUCUACAAUAUUUCGUGAAUGAGCAAAGUAAAAACCAGAAGCCACGAGGAACCUUGUCUUUAGCUGGAGCUAUAAUAUCGCCCAGUGAUGAAGUGCCACACAUGUUGGUGGUCUACUCUGCUAAUGGAGAGAUGUACAAGUUGAGAGCUGCUGAUGCAAAGGAGAAACAAUACUGGAUAAAUCAGCUGCGAUCCUGUGCCAAACAUCACAAGGAAGGUAAUUCUAAGAACAUUUCAUCUUCGCGAAGUAGAAGAUCAUCUCUGCUGACGCCUGGGGCAGUUAAUUCUGCAUCUCCUAGUGGCCAGAAGCAUAUGAAUCAAAGUGUUGUAACCAUUACACAUCACAAAUCACCUGCAGCUGCUCGAAGAGCAAAGAGCCAGCGUUCUGGUCAACUCCAUGAAGUCAGAGAGAUCAUGAGCCAAGUUGAAGGACAACAGAAGAAUCUUGUACAAGCCAUUGAAGCUCUCCCAAGUUCUGGGCCCCUUUCUGCCUUGGAUCAGGACUUGCUGCUUUUAAAAGCUACCUCUGCUGCCACCCUGAGCUGCCUUGGAGAAUGCCUGACUCUGUUACAGCAAAGCAUGCAUCAAGUGGGACAAAAUCAUAACAGGACACUGUCAUCAGAAGGUAUCCUGGGAUGGUCUGGGCCUAAGUCACACUCCACAGAGCAACUGAAAAAUGGUGCCCUCAGCUCCUUGUCAUCUGCCAGUGCCAACAUUACAUGGGCAAUAGUACCAUCUGCAGCCCAGGAUGGACAAGCACUACAACCAAAUACAGAGCAUUCAGCUUCUGAGUUGAUCCUAGUUGAAGAUGAAAUAACAGAUACUGAAGAUAAUGAAGAGGAGGAUUUAGGAGUUAUGGAUGAUCAACGUAGCGUAAUUCUCCAUCUCAUCUCUCAGCUCAAACUUGGCAUGGACCUUACUAGGGUAGUGCUUCCAACAUUUAUUUUGGAGAAAAGAUCCCUGCUGGAGAUGUAUGCAAAUUUCAUGGCCCAUCCAGACCUGUUUUUGUCAAUUGCAGCUGGAGCCACCCCGGAGGAAAGAAUUAUCUGCUUUGUGGAGUAUUAUCUAACAGCUUUUCACGAAGGCCGAAAGGGAGCGGUUGCCAAGAAGCCCUAUAACCCUAUAAUUGGUGAAACGUUUCAUUGCUCGUGGGAUGUGCCUAAAGAUAAAGUGAAAGCAUUCAGAACUAAUGGUGCCUCUGAGGUUUCUAAGGACCCAACCAAGGAGUCUGGCCAGGACCAGUCCAUGUGCUACAAGCUGAGGUUUGUAGCUGAACAAGUAUCCCAUCAUCCACCGGUAUCUUGCUUUUACUGUGAGUGCAAAGAGAAGAAAAUGUGUGUGAACGCUCACGUAUGGACCAAAAGCAAGUUUAUGGGCAUGUCGAUAGGUGUUUCUAUGGUAGGUGAAGGUGUUCUUCACUUGCUGGAACAUGAAGAAGAGUAUGUUUUCACCCUGCCUAGUGCCUAUGCUCGCUCGAUACUUACAAUCCCAUGGGUGGAACUUGGAGGAAAAGUCAACAUCAAUUGUGCCAGAACAGGCUAUUCUGCCACGGUCACGUUCCACACCAAACCAUUCUAUGGAGGGAAGGUCCACAGGGUUACAGCUGAAGUGAAACACAAUCCUACUAACACCAUAGUGUGCAAGGCACAGGGAGAAUGGAACGGUACGCUGGAAUUUACUUACAGCAAUGGAGAAACCAAAGUGAUUGACACUAAUAAACUGCCUGUUAUUAGGAAAAAGAUUAGGCCAAUAGCAAAACAAGGCCCACUGGAAUCAAGGCACCUUUGGCAACACGUCACCAAUUCCCUGAAAGAAGGCGAUAUUGAUGCAGCAACAGAACACAAGCACCGCCUGGAAGAGAGGCAGCGAGCAGAGGAGAGGCAGCGCGCCGCUUUGACAACCCCGUGGAAACCAAAAUAUUUCGCCAAAGAGGGUGAUGGUUGGCUAUACGUGAACCCUCUCUGGAAGACCCAUUGAUGAGAUAGAGCAGUUGCCUCGUAGCUUUACCUUAAAGGCAUUAAAAUGACACAGUAUAUAACUUCAAGAUGUCACUGAAUAGGUCCUGUGAUCAGAAGAUCCAAACGAGAAGCUGUAUACUGUGAAUGAUGCAUCUCAAAAUAAUCACAAGCUCGAGUUUAUUCAGGAGCCAUUUUGUGCGUACGGAUACACAAACACACGCGCACACGUCCAUACAGACACACAUGUAUACACGCAGUGUGUAUGGGUUUGUGUGUGUAUUAUUUACACUACAUGUAAACGAGUUUAAACACUAACAGUGAUUUAAAGACCUUUUCCUCUAAGUGUUAGAGCAAAGAGCUCCGGCUGGAUUCAGCUGGGGUUCCCCAAGUUGUGUGCUUGCAGGAUCAGGCCCUACGCUGGUAUUUAAGAAAAUACUUUUUUAUCAGUACUGGUUAAGGUUUUUCUAUUUUUCACUUUGCCAAAAAUGUUUUGCACUUCAAAUGUGAUGUCUCACUUAACGGCAGUCGUUCUGUCUCAACAGUCAUUGAGUAACUGAUUUUCACGUAAGAAUGAUAAAGCGUAAGAUGAUAAAUCGCUCACUGGGAUGCUUAUUUAAGAGCACGUUUCCUGUCACUUACCCGUGUCAGUUUUUUCCCACUGGAUAAGAAGUAGCAAUACCUUCUCCAGAAUGUUGCUCACACUGACCUGUUGUGUCCUUGCUUUUUUGUUUGUUCACACUUCCAACUGUUGAAUGGAUCUGUGGUCACCAGUGAGGCAGCUGCUCUGGAAAUCUUGGUCUUGCUGUGUAAUGUUCUCUGUCAUGCCAAUGCUUUUGGGUUGUGUGUUCUGCUAAAUCCCUUCUGGCAGAUGGAGCUGUGGUGUUCCAGCUCACUCUUGCCUCCGCUUUCCACCCCCAGUAAGAGGCACAGUGCACCGCAGGGCUGUGCCUCAGGCAUCCAUGGCCUUGCCUCUUAAGUUAAACCACCGCUGGUGCAUUCAUGCUCGAAUACUGGGCUGUGCGGUGACACGGGUGAAGCUGGGUAGGAGUCGUGUCCUGCUGUGCUGGGAAUGAGCCUUCCCCACCAGUGCAGGUUUGGUGCCCUGCUGUGGGAAAUCAGACAGCUCAUCUGGUCAGAGCCCUUAAUUCCAUAUGCAGGCUCCCAGCAGACCUGAAUUUUGAUUUCUUUUGCAUUUGAUCCAGUUGAUUGCUUCUGGAUGAAAUAUUUGGAUGAUUAGAGAUGACCUAACCGGCCUUCUCAGAUGAAUCAUGUUUGGAUGUAAAAGUAACAAUUGAGUAACCCAUCACAUUGCAACAACAAAACCUUUUUAGUGAAACAAAUGAAAUAGGAUAUAAUUUGUUUUGUAAAGAUAUUAAAAAAAAUAAGGAAACGAUCCCAUAGCUUGAUCUUGCUUUGAAGGGUAACCACUGUGACACGAAGUGAGGGGAUCCUAAAGUGCAUUAAAGCUUCGUUGCUCUUUAGUUCGUGUUUGUUGAAAGUGAAGAUGUGUUUGAGAGAAGUGGCGACAAAAGGCAAAGGUACAAUGUGUGCUGACUUCGCUCAGCAUUUCUUUUUACAGUGCCCUGUCAAGAAACCACUACGUUUCGAACAUGCGGUAGCGCGGCUGCCUGCCUUUCUGUAGUACUGAUUCAUUUGGUGCCUUUCGCCGGCUUUCUUACUGCUUGUGCUUUAGGGAAGUUACACAAACUUGGUUAGGUUGAAGUGCUGCUUCUCUCUGUUCUAGUGCGUCCUGAUUAUUUUUUAGGGGAGAUGUUAAAAUCUCUUGAGCAACUUGGAAGGCUGAACAGAGGUGUGCACGCAAGGGACCAUGCCACUAGUUGUUCAUUUGGGCAUAUUUAAUAGAUAUUUACAUUUGAACUUCAGAUCCCUAUUUAACGAAGAUGUGGCUCCUUUUUCCUCCCAGAUGCCAUUUUGGCUGCUUGUAUGUACUUUUUUUGCACAUUAGAAAGGAUUAACAUGCUGAAUUAUUUUAAAUCCUAUUUUUUAAAGAAAAAAAUGUGGACUGUAUGAGCUUGAUUUUGUAACUGACACUUUUUUUUUAAAGGAAAAAAAUCUUAUUUUUAGAAUAGUUGAUGUUUUUCUGUAACAAAACCAAAAUGACACUGAACUACUGUGAAGUGUCAUCAAGGAAACUUGUAAUUUAUCACCUGCAAGAAUUAACUUUGUAAUGGAUCCACUCUUGUCCUAGAGGUUAGUCUGAUCAGUAAUCAGUAUCCACACAGUUUGUAACAGCAUUGCAAAGAACAAUUGAAAAUGCAGAAUUAAACACAUCAAACGUCCUCCCAGAACUCCUGAUUUUCACACACCAAAGAACAAGCCACACGCUCACUGAAAACAGCCAUUGGAAACCUCUGUCUGUCAGGCACGCAGGCCUGUGCUCCUGAAAGAGCGGACCUCUUUCGGCUCUGCUGGCUUGACCGUCGAGGCUACAAAGGUGCUGUAGCCGUUCUUUUAAAUUUGAAUAUUUUAUGCUUGUAAUUUAUUGACGAUUUAUUUUUUUUUUCCUGUCUGCAUGGUUGGUUGUUUCUGCAUGCCGAGAACAUUCCACUUGUGCUCUGGUAAAUGUUUUGUUUCUAUGCUGUGAAGGCUCCCCUGAUGCCGUUAACUGCUGUUCCCUUCCCAAAGUACCUUGGGAGAGGCAAACACAAAACCAGUCCUUUCUGAAGAGCCCAGCAGUGAGAGAUUCCAGAACAAGAUUCACAAGUGUCAUCUUAUUUUUCUGAUAGUUAUGUGUUCGAUAUAUUUUACAGGACUGAUAAGUAAAUAUUCAUAAGCCUUAUUCUGUAGGUUGCUCCAAUAGCUGUCUUAGACUUGCAAGUGAAUCUUUUCAAGUAGCCAAUGUACACUGAAUUGUAAUGUAAAAACCUCUGUGUACUUCACUUUUUUUUUUUGUGCACACCUGUAGGAAGCCUAUGCAACCUUUUUCUUUCUUAAAUUACGUUCAGAAAGAAAAUUUAUACCUUUAUCAUUUAAAAGACGCUCUGGCAGUCUCUUUGGAUUUGUCUUCCUUUCAUAAUUUGUGAAUUUAAAACGACAAUGCUCAUGAAUAAAAGAUUUGUUUCAUUUA